GGACGGCCGUUGGUGAAGGAAAGUGGAAUCAUUUUAGAAGUGAUCAUUUUUGUUUCAGAAUGUAUUUAACGACAUCACCAUUACUUUUUUCAAGUCUUUACUUUGUAUUUGUUAUACGGAACACAUUUUGCGAGGAAAGGAUAAAAGUAGGACCUGGAGCAGAUAAAGAAAAGAAAAUUAAUCCAUAUAUUACGAAGUUUCAUCACGGAGCUAAUGUGAGACCCACGAAAUGCCAAGUAUGUCGACUUCUUGUCACCGAGUUUCUUGAGCAAAUGAAGAAGACGAAUCGUCGGGAAGAUGUACCUCGUGGAUAUUUACUUGAGGAUUUAGACAAUCAGGAGAAAAGCAUCCAAUAUGAAAAAUCGGAGCUUCGUCUCUUAGAUGUCCUGGACAAUUUGUGCGAGAGAAUGAAACUUUACCGCGCCAGGCCAGGUCCUGAAUUUCCUUACAUUAAAGGAGCUAAAAGUCAACUUCGAGAAGUUUUGGAAGAUAUGCAAGAGAAAUCAAAAGUUAAACUUAAUUACGAGCUACCAGAUGAAGUCGUAGAAGACUACACUUACGAAAUGGGGAGACUCAAAUUCAAGUGUAUUCAUAUGUUGGAAAGCCACGAGGAUGAUAUAACACAGUGGUACUUUGGUGAUCAGAAGGAAAAUCUAAUCGAUUGGCUGUGUGUAGAACGAAUUCUUGACGAAAAUGAACAAGAUUGUCUAAAUGCUUCAACGAAAAUGCCAGACGAUUACUACUCAUUCGCGCAGGAUGACAAAUCUACAAAGCCAGCUCUUAAACCAGACAUACCAAUGAGAGAUGAUAGACGCUGGGAGUUGUAAUAAGACUGUGCGAGAAUUGAAGAAUGUGGGAAAGACACACUGAAUUUAAAAUAGGCUAUCGAGGAUAAAAUUUUAAAGAAAUAACGACUUUAGUGAUCAUCAGUCCAAGUUUUAGCAUUCAAAAACGUCUUAAUUGAUUUUGUUACAAAAACCGUGCAUCUUAAGGCUGCUCCGAUUAAACGAAAAAAAUGCAAAUAAA